AUGUUCAAGAAUAUCUUCAAGGCCAUGCCCCCUCGGGCUCAGGCUUUCGCCUCUGUGAAGCCCCAGGCUCGUUUCAUGGCCACUGUCCGCCAGCGGGCUGCCCUUGAGCCCGCCACCUUCACCAUCCGUGAUGGUCCCAUGUUCACUGGCAAAUCCUUUGGUGCUCGCUCCAACAUCUCCGGCGAGGCCGUCUUCACCACCUCCCUGGUCGGAUACCCCGAGUCUCUGACCGACCCGUCGUAUCGUGGCCAGAUCCUGGUCUUCACCCAGCCAUUGAUUGGAAACUACGGUGUGCCGUCUGCGGAGAAGGACCCCAAUGGCCUUCUCAAGUACUUUGAGUCUCCCCACCUCCAGGCUGCCGGUGUUGUUGUGGCCGAUGUCGCCGAACAGUACAGCCACUGGACUGCCGUUGAGAGUUUGGGUGAGUGGUGUGCACGGGAAGGUGUUCCGGCCAUCUCUGGUGUCGACACUCGUGCCAUUGUCACCUACCUCCGUGAGCAGGGUUCGUCCCUGGCUAAAAUCACCGUCGGAGAAGAGUAUGACGCCAACGAGGACGAGGCCUUCACCGACCCGGAGCAGAUUCACUUGGUGCGCCAGGUCAGCACCAAGCAGCCCUUCCACAUCAGUGCUGCGGACCCCCAAUCGCACGUUGCCGUGAUCGACUGCGGUGUCAAGGAGAACAUCCUGCGCAGCCUGGUCAACCGUGGAUCCAGCGUCACUGUUUUCCCCUUUGACUACCCCAUCCACAAGGUGGCCCACCACUUUGACGGUGUCUUCAUCUCCAACGGUCCCGGCGAUCCCACUCACUGCCAGGACACCGUGUUCCACUUGCAGCGUCUGAUGGAGACCUCUCAGGUGCCCAUCUUCGGUAUCUGCUUGGGUCACCAGCUGCUGGCCCUGGCAGCCGGCGCGCGCACCAUCAAGCUCAAGUACGGUAACCGGGCCCACAACAUCCCCGCGUUGGACUUGAGCACUGGUCGUUGCCACAUCACCAGUCAGAACCACGGUUAUGCCGUGGACGCCUCCACUCUGCCUUCUGAGUGGAAGCCGUACUUUGUGAACUUGAACGAUCAGAGUAACGAGGGUAUGAUUCACAAGUCACGCCCUAUCUUCAGUACUCAAUUCCACCCCGAGGCCAAGGGAGGUCCCCUCGAUUCCUCGUACCUCUUCGACAUCUACCUGGACAGCGUGCAAAAGUACAAGAAGAGCCAGGCCGGUCUUUACCCUCAGCGUGACAGCCGUCCUAGCCCCCUCUUGGUGGAUCUUUUGGGCAAUGAGCGUGUGGGCGUCCAGCCCACUGUUGGCAUGCAGAACAUUGCUUCCGCUGCCGCUGCUGCCGCCGCUGCUUGA